GAUGCAAUUGCAGAUAUGUGUGAUGGGUGAAAUAUUAUUUAUCAAGUAGUUUGACGUGUUUUAGGUGAGUCGUGGUGGUGGAGUUUGCGUGUGUUGUUCACUAAAAUUCGCGAACAAGAGGUAAAAUUUACGGUAAUAAGGAGAGUACUAGAUACUGAAUAGGUUGAGUAGAUCAAUAUAAAAUGUAGUAUUAGAGAGUUGUGGGGUAUAGACAUCGUUAGAGGUAAGUUGGGGUGAUUCUGAUUCGUUGUCCAGGUUUUCAUUGGUAAAUAGCGUAAGCGGCAUGAUUUUUGAUAUUUGCAACGUUUUCACCCAUGACAACGUUUUGGGUAUAGACAUAACUCUUUACAACCUUCUCUAUAAAUAGUUAAAUUUACUACAUAUGUAUCUACACAAUACUUCCGUAUAUAUAUAUACUACAAUACUCCAGAUUUAAGCACAAUUAGCCCAUAUCUCUCCUACAACCUCUCCAUACUAAAUCUCCACUUCUACCUCAAAUAUAAUUUUCGCGCGAAAUUGUUCACAUCUGUCUGUGACUCUCAACCAACACAAUCUCAUCACGGUCUUUCAUUAGUCUUUCACUAAAUUUCCCUCUCUUGGCUCAAUAAUCUACUCACAUCAUGAUAAAGGUAAAAGUGGAGUUUCUUGGUGGUCUUGAUAUCAUUUCGAACCAUGUCCGUGAACAUAAAUGUUCCCUUCCCUUAGAAGAAGGCUCUGCUACUAUGGUUGAUCUUAUCAAGUUUAUUACCAAGAACGUCAUCACUGACGCAAAGGACAUACCUGUAUUCAUCGAAGAUGACACCGUGAGACCGGGUAUCUUGGUUUUAAUCAACGACACCGACUGGGAGUUGGAAGGCAUGGAAGAGUAUGUAUUGGAGUCGGGUGAUGUUUUCACAUUCACCAGUACUUUACACGGAGGGUAGAUAUAAUUAGAAAUCGUAAUAUAAUAAUGGGUUUGGACAGUCAGGUGUACUAGAUAUGAGAUAAUGUAGGUAUAUAAGUGAGAUAGAACUCAACGGAUGUAGGGGGUCCAUUGUAUAUAUGGGUUCCUUAUCUCUAAACGUGUGGAAAAUGGAGGAAAAUCUCAACUAAAGAGUAAAGAUAAUUUCGUUGUUGUAGCAUUCCUUGGAAAGAUCUCCCUCGGAAAGAUCUCAUACUGAUUGGGGGUGAUACACUCUGACAUUCUGACCACUGGUGGUGCGUAUCUCGUCUCAGAAACUUGGACGAACGUAUCUGUAACCAAAUGACCUACGAUGGCCCCUGGUGCUAUGAAUCACUAAAAAUAAUAGUCUUCUCUUCUGGGGAUUCAAUUCUUCCUAUCAAAUGU